UGAAGCGACGCCUCCCAGUUGCGCUCCCUACAGCCUCGUUUUUCCAAAACAGGGCAGGACCGUCCCCAUCUACGACCGUCCCCGAAUUUUACACAUUUCAACAGGACGCCUUUUCACUUUCGUACUGUCUACGUUUCCCUUCUUUUUUGUCCUCUUACUGGAUUAACAUUUUCGUUUGGAGGUUUUUCAGUUUAAAGAUGACCGAAACGAAUUAACAGUUGGGCGUGAUGGACGGAAAGGAAUAGUACGUUCAGUUUUAUUGUUUUUUUUUUGUUUUUUUUUUCAUCCAAGAUGGUAAUUUAAUUGAACUAUAUCACUGAUUAGUUUUUUCUUUUCGGUAUAUUAUAUAAUUCUCUCAAAUACGGCAUUGGCUUGUACAUUUACACUUUUUUACAUGCAUCUCCCUGAAUUCUGCAAACCGUGACGAGGCUCCUUUCGCCAAAAUUAUUGCCUCUGUGGGUUUACACUCUGACCUCUAUUGAACAUACAAUCCAUCACCCAGACUGUUGCAUUCUUCCCGGGGGAACAGCAGCGCGCGCGGUGUACUCACUGGAUGUGUUUGGAGUCGCAAUCCCUGUUCGAGCGUUACCCCUCGUCUUUCCCAGAAAUGCAAUGUAAUUCCUCGUGCCUUCGUCGCCGUUGCACUUCAGAAGAGGGGAAUAAGGUAUUUGAAGUAAGGAAAACAACAAUGUAGCAUUUGAAUUACUCGACUAAUAAGUUGUUUUGUGUGAUGUGGAAACAAUUAAACGAAUCACGCCAUCGUAUAGUACUAUAACGCGAUAAAGACUAUAUCAUCUGGAAACAUUCACUGGGAGACUAUCUAUCGCAUUUCACUCAUCGUGAAAUCGUGUUCGGAAAGGAUAAAACAGAGGUGUGUGAAGAUCUGCCCAAAUCUGUGCCCCUCUGUAGCAGGACUUGAAACGCCACUCCCAGGCAGUUCUCCAGUCUGCCCUCCAUCUCUCUUCUGAUGUAUUAAAGCACACUUUGCUGAAUGGUUUGAUGGAGAUCUGGUCGGAUGACAGCUGGAACUGUUGUCAUUACCGGAGGAAUUCUCGCAACGGUGAUACUCCUGUGUAUCAUAGCAGUGCUUUGUUACUGUAGGCUCCAGUAUUACUGCUGUAAAAAGAAUGAGCUGGAUGGGGACACAGGCUCAGGCUCUCAGCCACAGUUCGCCUGCAAUGCCUGCAGCGCACCGGGCGUGGACGGGUCGGCCGUCACCCCCCUCUCCCUGUCACCCGACCCCGCGCCGCCCCGAAACUACUGCCCCACCUGCUCGCCCUACAGCUCGCCCUUCUACAUCCGCACCACGGACGAGAUGCGCAACGGCGGCGAGCGCAUCACCUACAUGCCCACGCACUACGAAAACCCGGCGCUGUCCCUCACCCUCUCCUCCAUGCACAGCGCCCCGAUGAGCUCCCGCAACCCGCUGGACUUCUACACCAACACACGGGCCAUCAGCACCGAGGUCUGACCUGCGGACACUUGAGAAUCUCCCACCCGCGGACCAGGCCGCAGAACCCCUGUCUCUCUGUCGUCUGUACCAGUUUAGAGUAGAUGCUGGCAGAGGGUUCGUCAAACCUUUGAGGACUGUUCCUGAGAUGCCUGGGGCUCCAGGCUCAAAACUUACCCUCUCCCUGCUUCCCACUGGAUCCCACUAAACAUGUGACAUUUUGAAAAUACAAAUAUUUAGAACAAUGUAUGAGGGCUAAUUAUAUUGUUGUCGUACCUGUAUCCACAACUUGUGGUUUUGUCUUAUCUGCUAACAAGAAUGAAUAAAAAGAAUGCGUGUACUUUUGGGUCAGGCACAAAAGAAAAUAAUAUUUGUCUUUUGAACAUGGGAAGAAAAGUCCUGAGCGAUGCCAUUUUUUCCGAUCAGCAUUUUUAACUGAAUAGUGAGCAAAACUGUAUAAAGUCAACAUUUCAGAGCUUUCUCUAUGCAAGUACUGUACAUUCACACCCAACACAUGGAGAGAAACAGUGAACAGGAGCCAAGCAAUGCAGCUAUUACCUGCUUUACCUGUCUUAGCCUGCUGUUUAUUAUAAUAUUGAAGGAGAACUAAGAUAAGUUUUGUCAGGACACCAAUGGCUUUUGUCACAGACAGAAAGACUGCUGGGAAGUUGGAGUCUGAAGCGGCCAUUGGAGCAGAGUUUCUCCAUCUGGAUUUUGAGGGUAACAAUGCUGUUCUACCAGGAGACUCUUAGGCUAGUUUGUAGCCUUAAACAUCUGAUGCUGCCAGGAUUUCUUGAGACAGGGCACUGGAGCUAAAAUUAAAAGAAAAAAAAACUUUAGAAUACUGUUCUUAUCUAUCUUGAUAGUGAUGCAAAAAAAAUGCAUUAGAGAAUUUGUGUUUAUUUGGUAAUUUAUUUGGUUAAGGUUGGAUGACUUUGGGAACAGUCAAUAUGCAUUCUGAAGUGGGAUUGUGGUCAUUUAUGGAAAGACAAAGUUUGACUGAGGCAUACAGUAGUUUGUGCCAUACAAGGGAGUACUCUCCACAGUCUCUCUUCACUCUCUUCAUUAUUUAAUUAGUCUUCAUAUAUUCUCUUUUUCGCUCACUAUCUAUGUGUUCAUUUGAAUUUCUAAUAUAGUAGGAAUGUCUGCAUUCAUUUACUUUUGAUUUUUGUUACAUUGAUGCACCUUUUAAAGUGAUAUUAGACAAUAAUGCUUGCAAUACGUAUGGUAUUAUUUUUUCCCUUAUUUGUGUUUUUUCAGUGUAGGAUGUGAAGAACAUUUUUUUUAAAAUCUUGACUGGAACAGCAAAGCAAAAAAAAAAAAAAGAAAAUAAAGUGACACUAAUAAUACUAUUGAUAUUAAUUGUAGUAAUGUUCUAAAAAAAAAUGUUCCCCUUUCAUUUUCAGUUUUCAGGAGCCCACAACUCACCUCACCACACAACUACGAUGUGUGACCACAUACUGUAGUAACCAUUUAUCAACAUUCAAUAUCCUCUUCCCAUAGGUCCUGGCUUUUUAAGGAAACAUGUUACAUAGAGUAUAAAUAACUGUUAAUCAGUUAAUUCAGAUGCCCACUCAGUGUCCAAUUCUAGGACCUUAGCUCAUUGUAUCCUUGUAAGACACUGCUUGCCUGUAGCUUGGUUGUCAAAUUUUGUCACAGUUAUAUCUCUAAUGUCAGAUAAACACAUGGCUGGCAUCUAUUUCCUUUGGUUUAUUGUUUUUUUUUUUAAGAUUAACUGUAUUUUUAAAGGUUAUAUUAUUCUAAGAUAAAGAACACACACAUUGGAAAUGCCCACUUAUUUCACAAAUGUUCCCUUUUGAAGACAAUUAAAUAUUAAUAACUGCAACAAACUCCUUAUGUUGUCUUGCCUGACAUCUUGCUUUAAAAUGGCAAACAUAUAUAAAUUCUGUGUC